UGGUGAUGAGAGGGCGGAGCGGUUUCCCCGCGUGGGUCCGACCUGUUGCCCCUUCCGCUGGGGGCGUAACCUUGCGCCUCAAAUAUUGUGUUUGCCGAAGGCUUUCCCGCCAGACUUUCCUCCCCCGCCUGGUGAUGUUGCUGCUCAGUGACUGGGACUUGUCUCACCCGCCGGGAAUGGAACUUGAACACCCCCCCCCCCUGUUGCCAUGCUGUAGAGCUGCUGGCAGCCGCCCAUAUGCUUGACGGAAACCCACCGCGCCGGCGCACUAACACCAGACUGUCUCACAGCUUGAACCAGGACUCCUCCAGCAUGCUGGACUCUGACUCCUCCUCUUCAGAAACCCCUCCCACUAGUACCAAUCCAUCAACUUCUCCAAAGAUUGACCCCAAACUGGAGCUGAAGGAAGAACCUGCUGACACCGCAGCUCUGACCAGCAUCCCCGUUAGCGCAGGUUCCCUGCUGACCCCUUCCCUCUCACAGGCUGUGCUUAUGCAGGUGACGGACAAUUCCAGCACAGCCUCCUUAGGGCCCAACCCCUUCACCAGCCGAAAACGCAAGGCCAACUUCUCCAACGAGGAGACAGAAACCUUGGUGAAAUAUGUGGUUAAACAUUUCAGUGCUCUGUAUGGGUCUGAGGCGCUGAGGACGGAAUCCACCCGCAGGAACCAACGAAGAAGUCAACUGUGGAGCCAGAUCCAGAAAAACGUUAAUGACCUGGGCUACACCCCUCGCACCAUUGAUGAUCUCAAACACAAAUGGAGGGACCUACGGCUUGAAGUGAAAAGGAAGAUCACCAACAGACGGACACCAAGCAAGGUGCCUCUUGCCUCCAGAGUCACCCCUAUAUUAGACACCAAUCUCUCACCACUGGAAGAUCUGGUGGCCUCCACCAUAGGGCACCAUUGUACUCUGGAUGGGGAGCAGGAGGGAAUGUUCAUGGAGCCAGCGGUUCCCCGACAGUCCAUCUUCUUUACAUGCAGAGGCCCCCCAUCUGGUGUCUCCAAGAUGUGUAGCGAUAAACUCUCUAGCACAGCAAGCCCCAGGCCUCCAGCAGAGACCUCCCUAGUGGCCCCGCUGGUCAGCGCAUCGCCUGCCCAUGUCGCCUUUAUUCCUGUGACAGAAAAUGGAGAACGUGGCUCGAAUGAAUUGGAUGCCAACCAGAGAGUCGCCAUCAAGCCCUUCACAGAAGCGUGGGCGACAGUUAACGAGAUCUAUGCCCUGGUCACAAACCCAACCCCACAAGCUCCCCAAACAGACCUUGUCCAUAAGUCGAAAGAACCACUGAACCCCAAGCCUGAGAUGAUCAAGAUCAAGCAAGAGCAUGUGCCGCCCCAGAAUGACUUGGAUUCAGUUCACUGUGACUCCCAGGGAUUUAUUGUGUCAUCACCCGAGGGUUCCAUUGGCCCCGUGACCGGGCAGAACGAACUGACUGCAAGUGACGACGGAGAGAAUGAGGUGUCGACCGUUACUGUGGAAUCGGACACUCUGCAGCUGAAAAUAGAGGACGAUGGGGACAGUCAGAUGGAAGGAGACACUGGUUCCCAGGAAAACCAAGAUGAUUGGGAAAGGCAGUCAGUGUCUCCUCAACCCAGUGACAAUGCUCAGGACUCCAUCCCUUCCUCCUCUUCUCAGAAGGUGGAGCCCUCUACUGCGGGUGAGAUUAUCACCAAUGGGGAUGACUGCUGCCUGCAAGAUGGCGGCAAGGAGGUGCUCCGGAGUAGAAUGCAUCGACUACUAGAACUGGAGGAACACUGGGACCGUCUCUACCAGCGGGAACUGAGUAUGUGGGAAGAGGAAAGAAUCCGGCAGCAGCAGCAACAAGACCAGGACACGAAACUGCAGUUGCAGCUCAUGGGCAUCCUCAGUGACAUUCGGGAUGAACUGCGUUUAAUUAGGGAAGAUGGAGCUGCUGCCCAGCAAGCCCAAGUAAACUCUCAGGCAAACGGCUCCACUGCAGUAUCCGAUUCUCCAGCGCAAUCAACCUCCCCAAGCACACCCAGUAAGAACCUCCAAAAACCCAGCACUACUGAGGCUUCCUCAUCCAAAGCUCCUGUGGUUGCCAGUCCCCAGCCCCGGCGGAGAGGGCGCCCCCGUCUCAUUAGACCAAACGCCAAAAAGACCGGCAAGAGCUGAACAUCGUACUUUGAAUUAGCAAGAAUUAAUUAGGGGCGCUCAGUUGUAGGAGCACUGGCCUCACACACUGGGUAAUGUAGGACGGUGACAAGCCAUAGAGACGGCACGGGGUCGUUACUUUUUAUAGGGAAAAGAAGGAUAAAUAGGGUUUCAAUUUUUUACACAUAGAUUUCUCCCUUUAUUUCUGUUAUGAAAUGUGACCGGCCAGUGAAGGAUGAUACACACAGCCAUCUUUAUAUGGAUUUCAUGACCGCCAUUUGCUUCUCCUCCAUGAAAUAUUCCCAUGCACCCCUUCCCAGACACUGGAGAGACUUGAGGCCCGAGAUGAGCUCCCCGACUUUGCUUUCUGUCCUGUAACCUCAUCCGUUUUACUGCUCAGCCGACAGGGGGUAACAGAUCGGACCGAAUAUAUUUUAUAGUUUGUUUUUGCACAUUGUUCCCUUAGAAGGAGCUGUUGCUGGAAAGGAUCUGUGCCCAGAAUGUUUAUUUAGGGGUAACAGGGGUAAGUGAAACGGGGCUGAAGAGGGUGUUACUGAUUUAUUUUGCAUUAUACUGACUGACACCUCUUUAUCGACCCUGUUUUUGGACCUUUUAAUCUUUCCAGACAAUAAAAGAUUUGGAUGGUU